GAGGUGGCAUUGAAAAAAUAAAAGGUUUAGUAGGCUAUAUAAAAUGUAAAAUGUUUCUCCAGAAAUAUUAUUUUUUUAAAAAAUGCCAAUUCUGAGUCGCUGCUAUUGGUUUUACGUGGAUUAUAUUUCUAAUUUUAUAAUUAGGAUCGUGAGUUUAAUUUUUCCACAUGUUUCACUUCAAGAUUGUUCGUCACCUUUUAAAAAAACGUUGCCAGUGGUUUUUGCAUGGGGAGAACAAAAUUCAGGAGCACUAGGACUCAAUGGCUGGGAAAAAAAGACAAUAUGUUCUCCUAGCCAGGUUUUUUCAUUAGAUGGGAAAGAAAUACAAAGUAUAAGCAGUGGUAAAGGUCAUACAUUGGUGUGUUUAAAAGAUGGCAAAAUCCUUAGCUGUGGUUCUAAUGACUUCAGGCAAUGUGGACAAGAUACUAAUCUCAACCAGUUAACACUAGGUGAAGCUGGAGAAGGUCUACAGCCCCAUCAUGUGAUUCAAGUGGCUGCUGGAGCCUCACACAGUGUUGUACUUACUCAAAAUCAUAAAGUUCUGACCUGGGGCAAAAAUACUGAGGGUCAGUUGGGAAGGGGAGAUGUCGAAGAAAGCUCUAGAGCUACACCAACGUUGGUAAAAUCUCUUUCUGUUUUCUGUGUGCUUCAAGUUGCAUGCGGUAACAAUCAUACUGUAAUUUUAACAGAUGAAGGAUGUGUUGCUACAUGGGGAGCUGACAUGUUUGGACAAUUAGGUCUUGGUGUUGAUAACUAUAUGCGUAAACAUAGAAAUCAGCCUUGUUUUCUAGAUUGUUUAAAAGGAUUACCUAUAGCACAGGUGGCUGCUGGUGGAAAUCAUUCCUUUAUCCUGUCCAAAUCUGGAGCUGUCUAUGGAUGGGGCAGGAACAGCUUCGGUCAGCUGGGAUUAAAUGACACAGUUGAUCAUUAUUCACCUAAUCAAUGCAGACCAUUGCGUAAUGAAAAAAUAAAAUAUAUUUGUUGUGGUGAAAAUCAUACUGCAUGUCUUACAAAGGAUGGUAGAAUGUUUACCUUUGGUUUAGGUACAUAUGGUCAACUUGGACAUGGUAGUUACAAGAAUGAGCUUUUACCUAGGCUGGUGAUAGAGUUGUCCGGAAGUGAGAUCUCACAGAUAGCUUGUGGACGAAAUCACACAAUGGCUUUUGAUGCCAAAUCUGAACACCUUUAUACUUUUGGAUUUGGUGCAUGUGGACAGCUUGGACUUUCAACUAGUGAGAAUAAAAACACACCAGUAAUUGUAGCUGGUUCUUUUAUCUUAAAAACUGCACAGCACACAUCCAUGCAGGUGGACAAUCAAGGUCCAGACAUGAAAGUGAAGAGCAUUCAUGCAGGUGGCAACCACAGUUUUGUAAUAGCUGAAGAUAUUGAUAUGUGUCAGCCUGAUGAUUACAGGAUAGAGGAUCCAACAAGGCAAAUAUUAACUAUAUCUCAGGACAGAAUUGAAAUGCUUCAUUCAUUUCAGAAGAAUGACAUUUUUUCUUAUGAGCUUAUAGAAGAGAUGAGAAAAAUUUUCUCUAAUGCAUCAUGUCUUAAUGGCUCAUUUCUUUUACCAAAUGAAGAACAUUACAAUACAAACAUCACAAAACAUGGUGUAGACAUGAGUGCAGUCAGAACAUUUUUUCAAGAGUUUGCUCAAUUUUCUAAUGUUGAACUCAGACAAAAGAUAUUAGAAGCAUUAGAAAAUUUGUUCCUAUCUAUGCCGGAAUGUCCAUUAGAUGAAGAAGCACUUCGUGUUUACCUCAUAUUACCUGAAUGCCAUUUUUUUGAUCAAACUGAGUUGUACAGCUCCAUCAUUUGUCCGUUUGCUCAGUCCUUUCUUUCACUUAGCAAAGUAAACUUAAUUAGAAUCAAAUUCUGGUGGCCUAUGAACCAAGCAUGUUUUUUUGACAGAUUGAUUUUGAUUUACAAAAAAUGUUUCAAAUAUUUAUUAGAACCACAGUUACAAAAGAAAAGUCUACUAGAAGUUCGUAAAUGUCAAUCUGCGCUUUUCAUUUCUUUGGAGAUGUUAAAAGGACUAAAUGAAGUCAAUGAAACAAAUGGUGAGAUCCUCCCAUACAAUAUAUUUUAUGUUGCUGAACUGAAGGAAAAAGUGGAUAUAAAAGAGGACUACACUAACUGGACUCUGAAAAAAAAACACCAGAAUCAUUUUUGGGGUGUAACCUUAGAACCUGGUCUGUUUUUAAGCAAAUAUCCAUUUUUAUUUGAUGAAAAAGCUAAAAAAAUGUUACUUCAAAGUGAUUCAGAAUUGAAAUUGCAGGAUGCAGAAGGGAAAUCUCAGAAUGUCAUGAAUCUACAAUGGCAAUUAAUAGAUUUUUCAAGACUCUAUCUUAGACUGAUUGUAAAUCGAAGUACAAUCCUUCAAGACACAAUAGAACAGCUCAAAUAUAAAAAUAGAAGUGACCUUAAGAAGCCUUUCCAGAUUAUAAUACAAGGAGAGGAGGAUGUUUAUCAGCCAGUUAUACAAAAAGAAUUCUUUAGGGUCAUUUUGGCUCAAAUAUUUAACCCAGACUUCAGAAUGUUUAAAAUCGCUCCAAAAUCUAAUUUGCAAUGGUUUUGUCCUUUGGAAAAUUCAACAAUAACCGAAGAACUUGUCAACAAGUUUCGAUUGACUGGAGUUUUAUGUGGACUUGGAAUCUACAAUUCUAUCAUCACCAGUUUGCCUUUUCCAUUAGCAUUAUACAAAAAGCUUCUCAAAAAACCUGUGACACAAGAUGAUUUCAGAGAAUUAGAUCCAUAUAUGGAAGGAGCCUUUCAAAAUUUACUUGACUAUGAUGGAGAUGAUAUUGAAGACAAUUUUUUUUUAUUUUUUGAGACUUUGAUUCCAGGAGAUACAAGAAGGGUCAAUCACACUUGCAAGGCAGAAUAUGUUGACCUAUAUGUUGAUGACAUCUUAAACAAGUCAGUAGAAGUUCAGUUCAAUGCAUUCAGUGAGGGAUUUCAUAGUGUGUGUGAUGGCAGUGUUUUGGAUUCAUUCCACCCUCAAGAACUCCAUGCCUUGGUAGCCUGUGAGGAAGAUAAUGACUUUGAAGAUUUAGAGAAGUUCUACCAACAAUUGGCAACAAUGCCAGUAAUUUUUGGUUGGGGAGAUGAGACUACAGGAGCUCUUGGACUAAAUAUAAUAGAUCAAGAUCUAGGUGGCUCAGCAAAACACACAGUUUCAUCCCCUACCCAAGUUCACUCAUUAAAUGGGAAAGAAAUACAAAGUAUAAGCAGUGGUAAAGCUCAUACAUUGGUGUGUUUGAAAGAUGGCAAAGUUCUUAGCUGUGGUUCUAAUGACUUCAGGCAAUGUGGAUUAGACAGUCUUUCUACACUAAAUAAACUAGGUGAAGUUGGAGAAGGUCUACAGCCCCAUCAUGUGAUUCAAGUGGCUGCUGGAGCCUCACACAGUGUUGUACUCACUCAAGCUCAUGAAGUUCUUACAUGGGGCAAAAAUACUGAGGGUCAGUUGGGAAGGGGAGAUGUGGAAGAAAGUUCUAGAGGAACACCUAAAUUGGUUAAGUCUCUUGCCAUGUCCUGUGUUGUGCAGGUAGCUUGUGGUUAUAAUCAUACUAUUGUCUUAACAAAUGAGGGCUGUGUUGGUACAUGGGGCUCUAAUGCCUAUGGACAACUUGGUCUGGGGCCAAACAAAAGUCCCUGGAUCAAUAUACCUAAUUUUAUCACCUGUUUGAAAGGAUUACCUAUUGCCCAAGUUGCUGCAGGCGGCAAUCAUUCUCUGAUCCUUUCAAAGUCUGGUGCAGUCUAUGGAUGGGGCAGGAACAGUUUUGGUCAACUUGGACUAAAUGACACAACAGAUCGCUAUUCACCUAACCAAUGUAAACCUCUGCGCAGUCAAAGAGUUAAAUAUAUUUGUUGUGGUGAAAGCCAUACAGCUUGUCUUACUGUGGAUGGUAGAGUAUUUACCUUUGGCGCAGGUAUUUAUGGUCAACUUGGCCAUGGUAGUUACAACAAUGAGAUCUUACCUAGGCAGGUGAUAGAGUUGUCAGGAAGUGAGGUCUCACAGAUUGCUUGUGGAAGCUCUCACACCUUAGCUUUUGAUGCCAAAUCUGGAUGUCUAUAUACUUUUGGAUUGGGUUUAACUGGACAACUUGGGCUUUCAUCUAUAGAGAAUAUAAACUCUCCAGUAUUUAUACCAGAUACUUUUGUCUCAGCUACUGCACAGCACAUGAAAAAGAAAAGUAUCUAUGCUGGUGGUGAUCACAGCUUUGUGAUAUAUGAAGAUUCAUGUCAACCAGAUGAUUUUAGAUUAGAAGAACCAACAAGGCAAAUAUUAACUUUAUCACAGGAUAGAAUUGAGAAGCUUUGUCAUUUAAAAAACAAUGAAACCACUUUAGGUAACACAAUCAAUGAGCUGUUCACCAUUUUUUCAAAUGCUUCCUGUCUCAAUGGCUCCUUUCUUUUAAGUAAUGAAGAGCACUAUAAUACUACCAGGACCAAACAUGGCAUUGACAUGAAUGCUGUCAGAACAUUUUUUCAUAAAGUGUUUAAGCUUUUGGAUGUUGAAAUUAUACAAAAAAUAUCUAAAGCCAUAGAACAAACUUUGUAUCCAUCACUGUUAGAGUCACCAGCAGACAUGGAAGUCCUACGUAUCUACCUUAUAUUACCAGAGUGUCAUUUGUUUGAUCAGCCUGAGUUGUACAGCUCAAUAAUAUGUCCCUUUGCCAAGUCUCUUCUAAAAGUUCUUUCCCUUAAAGUUGUCUUCAGUGUGUUUGAGUCCUGGUGGCUACUGAAUCAACCAUCUCAUUUCAAAAGAUUAGUUUUGAUAUACAAAAAAUGUGUUCAUUACUUUCUGCAAUCGCCAAAUGUUUCAAAUAACACAGAACAAUUAGAAAUUAACAAUAGAUGGGAAGGACUCAAGACUUCAUUAGAAAUGUUGAAGAAACUCUAUGAAGUCAGUGAAGCUCAUGGUCAGAUCAUUCCAUAUUAUAACUUUUAUGUUGCUGAGCUAAAAGACAAAGUGAAUAUACGAGAUGACUAUGACAGCUGGAAACAUGGAACUAUUCAUAGAAGUCUGUUGUGGAAUGUGACCAUACCGAAACAUUUGUAUUUCUGCAAUUAUCCAUUUUUGUUUGAUGGAGUUGCUAAAAGUGUUUUACUUCAAACAGAUGCUGCACAUCAAAUGCAGGAGGCCUUUAUGACAGCUUAUCAGUCAACUAAUCUUUGUCCUGCACAAUUCUUUGAUCCUGAUAUUGGAUGUCUUCAGCUGACUAUAAACAGAAAUAAUUUAAUUGAAGACACUGUAACUGAACUGAAAUCAAAAGAUAGGAAAGAUUUCAAGAAACCACUUGAGGUUAGUUUUACAGGAGAGGAAGCUCUUGAUAUUGGAGGAGUAAGGAAAGAAUUCUUUUUGUUGCUUCUACGUGAAGUUUUGGAUCCUAGUUAUGGCAUGUUUCAAAUUAAUGAACAAUCUAAUCUUCAGUGGUUUAAUCCCUUGACUUCUGAAAAGCCUGAGAAAUUUCACAUGGUUGGUGUUUUAUGUGGACUUGCAAUAUAUAAUUUAACAAUCAUUAAUCUGCAAUUUCCAUUAGCAUUGUUUAAAAAGCUACUGAAAAAACCUGUCACAUUAGAUGAUUUGAAAGAGUUUGAUCCAGGUUUUGGAAGUGGAUUGCAAGACCUACUGGAUUAUUUUGAUGCUGAUAUUGAGAAUAGAUUUCUUUUCUUUUUUGAGGAUGUAUGUCCAGAACUUCAAAACAUGCCAGUAAAUCACACCAACAAAGAAGAAUACACCAAACUGCAUGUUGAUAAAUUAUUCAACAAGUCAGUAGAAGUCCAGUUCAAAGCUUUUAGUGAAGGAUUUCAUAGUGUGUGUGGUGGCAAUAUCUUGGAUUUAUUUCACCCUCAAGAACUCCAGGCCAUGGUAGUUGGGAAUGAAGAUUAUGACUUUGAUGAAUUAGAAAGGAAUACUCAAUAUGAAUGUGGCUACAACAAAGAUCAUGCAGUUAUCAAAAUGUUUUGGCAAGUUUUCCAUGCAAUGAGUUUGAAAGACAAAAAGAAAUUUUUAUUGUUUUUAACAGGUUGUGAUAGGAUUCCAAUCUUUGGCAUGAAAUAUGUUAAGAUAAUUAUUCAACUUGACUUCAGAGGUGUUUCAUUCUUACCAUCUGCCCAUACAUGCUUCAACAUUUUACAUUUGCCAUGCUACACUGACAAGGAAACUCUGCAAACAAAGCUUCUAAUGGCCAUACAACAAACUGAAGGCUUUGGCAUGAUGUAAACAACUGAAAUAUUGCUUUAGUUUCAUUUGAAAGUAAGGUUGUAGAGACUUUGGCUUUGAAGAAAACAGAAUUGGCUUAAAUAAUGUUGGUCUGGAUUUUUUUCAUACAUUUCUUUUUUUUUUUUGGUGAAAC